UCAGAAUUGACUGGGCUUUGGCGGAAGUUGGGAAUCCCCGAAAGUGGCUGUUCAGAAACGUAUGGACCAGCAGCAAACAUCUGUAAUCAUAAUAAAGUCUGUUAUUUCGUGGAUCAGAACAUUUCGAUUCACCUUUAAGACUUGAUAAGAUGGUGUACAUGGUGGUUGAGAAGCACACAUCUGAUCUUCUCCAUUUGAAAAGAUCACCAGGGAUUCGAUCAUGGUCACUGUUAGUUGGGAUCGUGUCAGUUGGCCUUGCAGCAGCGUAUUACAGUUCAGACAGUGUGUUGUGGAAACUGUUUUAUGUAACAGGCUGCAUGUUUGUUGCCUUACAAAACAUGGAGGAGUGGGAAGAGGCAACUUUUGACAAACAGAAUGGUGUGAUUGAACUGAAGACCUUCAGUCUGUAUGCAGUGAUGCUCACACUGUGGAAAAAAGGACAAGAAAAAGUGCUGCUGGAUUUGCGGCACUUGCGUGAUAUAAGCGUUCAUGAGGAGAAGGUGCGCUACCUGGGGACGGGUUAUGUGCUGGUGCUUCGGAUGGCCACUGGAUUCUCGCAUCCUCUCACUCAGAGCGCUACUCUCAGUGGACGAAGUGAUGUGGAGGCUCUCUCUGCACUUCUGAAGCGCUUCUUGGAGCUUGAGGCUUUGCAGCAAAAUCUGACCCGGGAAGACGAGGAUGAGGAUUGCGAGGAAGACGAUGAUGACUUCGAGCAGCUGGGAAUGGAGGGGGAUGACGAGAGCAGCGAUUCCAGCGAUCGUCAUGAACAGCCACCACAGUGAACCUCUAAUUGAUCCUAAUCAUCAAACCAAACACUCAGUCUUAAGGAUGAGCAGCUACCUGAGAACAUUUCCCUUUUAUAUCAGUGCAUGAAUAUUCUAUCUGUCUUAAUGUAAUCUUCUUGACUACCUCGGUAAAGAUGCCUUACUUAGAAUCUCUGGCAGUCUCUGAAUAGGUAGUGCUUAUGGCUAAGUAGUAAUAAUGGUAAUAACAAUUAGGAAGGAGGAAAAGAUUGUAUAGGACAUUACAUAUAUUCAGACUGUUGAUAAUGAUUUCCAAAUUGUUUGUGCGUGGGAAAAAAAGCAGAUUUUCUUUGUUUUCUGGAUGAUUUGGGAAGGAAGUGCUGCAUGAUUUUAAAGUCUGAUACAUUCAUCAAGCCUGAAACAGGUGCUAUAACGUUCUUCAUGAUUGUUUGUAUGACGACACUGGACAAUUUUAACUCAAAGUAAUGAUUUUUUUUGGGCUCUGUAUAUUUGUUGUAAAAUAUUUUAGCUCAAUAUUAUCAUAUUAAAACCUCAUUUGAUGAAUAUAUUGUUAAA